AGAUCGAGAUGGCCAUAUCACUGAUCGAAGCAAUUCGUAGUGGCAAUGUUACAUUAGCAAAAAAAUUACUUGCACAGAGGAAAUUUUCGUGUUUGAAUUCACAAACUGCACGGAAUGACGGAACGGCCCUGUACUGGGCAUGUUGUCUGGGAUAUUUAGAGUUAGCGCAGUCUUUAUUGGAGCAAGGGGCGAACCCCAACAUCCUUACCUCAUGGAAGGGUUCCCCCCUACACGCAGCCUGUGACAACGAUCAAGUGAAAUUGACACAACUGCUUUUAAGAUAUGGAGCAAACAUUAAUCAACAGACAAAGAGCGGGGAUACCCCUUGUCACCUAGCAGCCUACAGGGGACAUUCCUUCCUGGUCCAGCUCCUUGUGGAAAACGGGGCCUCCCUCAGAAUCACCAACAACAAGUCGAGAACGCCGUUAGAAGAAGCUCAAAAUAAGGGUCACCAAGAUAUUGCUCGCUACAUCUCAGCGGUUAAUAAUAUCCGCUCAGAAUCACAAUAUUCCUAUACAAGGACAGACUGGGAAUCGCAGAUAACUGUGCAACAUCUAUAUGCCAGCGACAACGGGAAUGGAUUUUACUGGGCACCAAAUUCGGAUUUUUCAGUUCCACCAGAAAACAAUUUAUCGCUCUUAUCCCAUAACGGACCUUCAUCACAAAUGACUUUCCGGAAUCUUUAAAUCUGUUCCUGGAGUUAACAUUAACAAUUUACAAUUUUGUGAAAACACUUGAGCGAAAUCCUAAAGAAUUCAAUAACAGGUAGUUUGUUGAUAUUUUCCGAUUGGUAUUGGAUCAAGUUACUCAAUUGUGUACAACAAGGAUGUUAAACGAGCGCUGAUUGGUUGGAUUUUUCCAGUUAAUUUCCGGGUCGGAGAGUGAUCUUUCGCGGCACUACAUAAUGAUGUUCAUUGAUUAUUUGAUCAAUGGCAUCAGUCAUUCCCCUUUUGAUUUCGCGCCGGAGGAGAAAAUACUCUUCUGACACUGCUCAGUGAUUUGUUUUCGACAUUUGUCGAUUUUUCCCCUCUUUAACUAUGGAUGUUGUUAUUUUCUUGUUGUUUUUAAUGGUGCUAACAUUUUAUAUGAAGAGUCCCCGACAUCCUUGUAUUUUAAUGCUAUAUGAGGCCCUUGUCUUUCAAGUGUAUAUUCUAAGUCAUUUGAAUUCCGAUGUUAAUAUAUAUAUUGUAUUUAUUGGAUGCACAAUGUGUGUUCAUACUGUUGUUACCUAUUUUCAACAUUGUUAUACGUAAUAAAAUCUAAAAUUCAU